AGGCAAACACAAAAAUCUCCACUUUCAUCCAAUGGUUAACAGUGCUACCCUGGCAAUAACACCCUCAGACUUUGUCAAUUUCGCCAGGGCUACAGGGCAUGAGCCCAUAGUAAUUGAUAUGAUAGAGCCAACAUACUGUUAGAACAGAAUUUUGAUGUAUUUAUUAUGAUUAACAUAGCAUUUAUGUGGACAUUCAUUUUUGACUAAAAUUUUCCCAAAAAUGUGGACUGCAUGGUAAUAUGUUCAUAUCAAGGGCUUAGUCAGCGAGCCGUCCGACCAACAAUCAUUUAGGACGGCUUGGCUUACUCAGCUCGGCCUACUGUAUGGUAGUUGGGCCUGGUUUACAUUUAGCAAAUUCUUUAUAUUCCUCAAAUUUAUUAAAUGUUGCAUUAAUCUAUUAAGGCUCACACUAAAGCAUAUUUACGUUAUUUUUAUACCGACAUUCGGUGGGGAUUCCAAAAAAGUUAAGGCUAAACCAUUGUCUACACGGUCACAUCACAUGUAUGUCAUGUUAAAACAUAUUUAUACCCCGCUGGAAAAUGGAUGGUUUUUAAGUCGCCCACAAUGCAUGCACGUGGCUCAGCAAAUACAGUUGAGAUUUGGUUCCCCAAGAUAACAUUCUGUUUCGUAACUCCU